UAUCACAAAAAUAUUAACGUGUUCUGGGUGUUCUUUAAAAAUUCAAAAUUAUUUCAUAUUUCUCAUUCAUCUUACCGUGCAUUCUGUUAUCUUUUUAAUACAUCCUGAUUUGUUUGAUAACAGCCACACAAACAAGUAACAUCAUAAUGAUGCUGAUAAUAAUAAUAACAAUAUUAAAUAUACGUAUGUCGUUUACCAAACCAACUGCGAGCUUCCAUCGUCCCUGUAUAAAUUGUGUAUUUUCAAGAAGUAUUUAGUUUUAAGAUUUAGAUAUUUUGAUGGCAAUUGUGCUGUCAUGUUUCAAAAGAUGCUUCGACGGCAUCAAGUACACAGAACAUACAUCCUUUCCACUAAUCAACCCUAUAUGUUUGAAUACCAGCCGAAUGGGUAAUGAAGUAGUGAUCGUGAAGAAUGGCACCAGGAUAUGCGGUAGUGGUGGUGUCUUGUGUACUGCACCAAUAGUGCAAAAUAAAUGUUACUUUGAAGUAAAAGUGCAACAAUCUGGUAUCUGGGGAGUAGGUUUAGCUCUGAAUGAUAUAGAUCUGUGUAAAGCACCCGGUGGUCACGAUCAAUACUCAUGGGUGUUGUGUAAUGAUGGAGCACAACGACAUAACCAGCAAGUGUUAAAAGCUAUAGAUAAUACCAUUGAAGAAGGUGAUAUUAUUGGUAUUUACUAUGACCAUGUUGAAUUAAACUAUUCGAUUAAUGGCCAACCAGUGAAUGAACCAAUUACAGGAAUAAGAGGAACUGUAUUCCCAGCUUUAUUUGUGGAUGAUGGUGCAAUAUUAGACAUAGUGUUGGAAAGAUUUUCAUACCCACCAUCCAACGGAUAUGAUAAAAUCAUGUUAGAGCAAUCUAUACUUUAACUAUAUUUUGCAUAAAAACUAAAAUGAAUAACAAAUAAUAUAUUUAUCAUUCCAUUAAUCAUAAAUUAUAAUUUUAUAUUUUUUCUAUAAAUUGUUUUAUUUUUAUGCAUAAUUUAUUAAGUGCAUUUGUAAGCUAAUAAAUUAAAUAUUAUUAUGUAAUUAUAUUAACUGAACAAUUUAGAAGGUUUGCUUUAUUAGUAGUUGUACAAUAAAAUAAUAAAAUUGAAUAUUUAUUAACUUAAAAAAAAUGUUCUUUGUAACUGAUAACUUAAACAAGAAAAAAAAAACUAUUCAUUUAUAAUUUAUAUUUAUAACAGAUAAGUACUUAAAAUACUUGUUCUUGUGCUCCUAUAAACAAAACAAUGUAUACUUUGUGCCUUCUAACUGUUCUUAGUCACCCUAGGAUAAAUUGUAUCAAUUUUAUAGUACACAUAAUCAACCAGUUUAAUUAAAGAAGAUAUUAUUAUUUAUUUAUUUUUACAAAUAUAAUCUUUACAUAAAAAAUAUUAUUAGCCCUUUGAACAAAACUUAUAAAUAUAUUUCAGUAUUUUAAAAAUCAACAAUGUAAAAUGUAGUUUAACCAAUAUUUAAAAUAGAUUAUAAGACUAAUAAAUACUUUAGCGUAGAAACUACAAGUUAAAAUGUAUCUUUUUUUUAUUUUAUUUUUUAUUGUUAUUUAACUGGUUGUAUACAUUAUAACCAUAUUAUAAAAACAUUUUACUCUUUUCCUAUUUCUAGUUAAAUAUGUUGCAUUAUUUGAUGUACUUAGUAUCCACCUGUCUAUAUGUUAUGUGUAUAAUAUAUAUAAUAUAAUAAGUUUAAUUAUAUCUGAUCAAUAAAUUCAGAAUCUCAGUUUAACUAAAAAUAUAUUUAAUUUUUGUAACCA